UGGUAGAGGAUCAACAUAAGAGUACAUAAUUAUAGUAUUUAUACAUAUAGUCAGUCAUUUGAUGUAUGUUUAAAAAACAAAGUAAUAUGCGUUCAUGCAAAAAGAAUGAAUUUUUUAACAAAAAAUUCCCAACAAGAAAUUAAAUAGCCAAGUCCCAUGAAAAAAAUCCACCAUUGGUCCACAAAUGAGGCAUGUCUGGGUAAAAGCUCCGCCUACUGCACAUGCCUUUUUUGCAACAUUAGAGAGAGAAAGAUAGAGAAUCCGGGUGGGUGGGCCCCAUCUCAUUACACCCAAAUCAAAAUGGCUGUCAUCUCUUCACAUCCCAUUUUACCACCGCCCAUUUGCUCAAGGGGUACUCGCAAUAUUUUUUUGAAGUAUAAAUACAGAGCCGAAGAUUUGCCUACCCAAAAAGGGUUUUGCAUUUCAAGAACCGAGUUUCUAUAAAAAAAAAAAAGAAAAUUAAAAAGUUGAAAUUUUUAUGAUGAUAGUUCCAAAAGGGUUUUCUGUAUUCUUGUUUCUUGUUUUUGUUGUUGUCGUCCAGUCAACAUUUUCUGUGGGUUUUCCCGUGAAAGAUAGUGACGUGUGGAGUUCGAGUUUGGAAGAAGACACAAGUACGAGGUUUAAUAAUCUCGAGGUCAGGUUCAAUGCGCCUGCGAAGCACUGGACCGAUGCUCUGCCCAUCGGCAAUGGCCGCCUCGGUGCCAUGAUUUGGGGUGGUGUUGCUAAUGACACCAUUAAUCUCAACGAGGACACACUCUGGACAGGGACACCUGGCGAAUAUUCCGGCGCCGGUGCUCUAACCGCCUUAUCGGAGGUCAGAAAGCUCGUCGAUAACGGCUUAUACGCAGAGGCUACUUCAGCUGCACUCAAUUUAUCCGGAGAGCCCUCUAAUGUUUACCAGCUCUUGGGAGACAUAAAACUCGAAUUCAGUGAUUCUCACGCAGCGUAUAUCGAAGAAACUUAUCGAAGAGUACUUGAUUUAGACACUGCUACAGUAACAAUGCAGUACUCGGCCGAUAAAAUCGAGUACACGAGGGAGUAUUUCGCAUCGAAACCCGAUCAAGCAAUUGUGAUAAAGCUCUCGACGAACAAAACGUCGUCGCUGAAUUUCACUGUCUCUCUAGACAGCAAAUUGCACCACCACUCGUACGUAAACGCCAAGAACCAAAUCCUUCUAGAAGGUUCUUGUCCCGGCAGAAGAAUCCCGCCUCAAGUAUACGGAAACGAGAAUCCAACGAAAAGAAGCCCGUUUUAUUCGGAAGACGAAAAUCCCAAAGGAAUCCAAUUUUCAUCCGUUCUUGAUUUGCAGAUUAGUGACAGUGCGUGUGAUCUUGGUGUUGUUGACGGUAGAAAGUUACAGGUGUCCGGCUGUGAUUGGGCAGUUAUCCGUCUCACUGCGUCGUCGUCGUUCGACGGGCCGUUUACUAAUCCCGUUGAUUCGAAAAGGGAUCCUGGUUUAGAAUCUUUAAAUGCGAUGGAAUCUGUGAAAGGAUAUUCCUACACGGAUCUUUACGCGCGACAUGUAAAUGACUAUCAAGAACUUUUUCAUCGUGUCACGUUAGAACUUUCUAGAAGCUCAAAUAGUAGCACGCGAAACGAGGUCGAGGUGAUUACUACUGCGCAGAGGGUUAAGUCUUUCAAAACAUACGAAGAUCCUUCAAUGGUGGAGCUUCUAUUCCAAUACGGCAGAUACUUGUUGAUUGCUUGUUCACGACCCGGGACUCAGCCUUCGAAUCUUCAAGGAAUUUGGAACAAGGAUAUCGAACCUGCAUGGGAUGGAGCUCCUCACUUGAAUAUCAAUAUACAAAUGAACUACUGGCCUUCGUUAUCUUGCAAUUUAAAAGAGUGCCAAGAGCCUUUAUUCGACUACAUCUCGUCUCUUUCCAUCAACGGAAAUAAAACCGCAAAGGUGAACUAUGGAGCAAACGGUUGGGUUGCGCAUCAGGUAUCGGAUAUAUGGGCCAAAACAUCGCCCGAUCGCGGUCAAGCUGUGUGGGCCCUUUGGCAAAUGGGCGGUGCUUGGCUUUGUACGCACUUAUGGGACCAUUACACCUACACUAUUGACAAAGAGUUUUUGAGGAACAAAGCAUAUCCGUUAAUGGAAGGUUGCGCUUCGUUUCUACUGGACUGGUUAAUCGAAGGGCGUGGAGAAUAUCUCGAAACUAAUCCAUCGACUUCGCCCGAGCAUAUGUUUACUGCUCCCGAUGGUAAACUCGCGAGUGUUAGCAAUUCAUCCACCAUGGACAUGCAGAUUGCGAGAGAGCUUUUUAACAACAUCGUUUCAGCUGCCGAGGAGCUGGGGAGAAGUGACACUGAUUUGAUUGCAAGAGUUCGUAAAGCUCAGGUGCGUCUUUAUCCGACAAGAAUCGCAAAGGAUGGUUCCAUCAUGGAAUGGGCGCAAGAUUUCGACGAUUCGGAUACGCACCAUAGGCAUUUGUCACAUCUGUUUGGCUUAUUCCCGGGGCACACUAUCAAUGUCGAACAAACUCCCGAUUUGUGUAAAGCAGCAGAGUAUACCUUAUAUAAACGAGGAGAGGAGGGUCCAGGAUGGUCAACGACAUGGAAAGCGGCACUGUGGGCACGCCUGCAUAACUCCGAGCAUGCAUAUAGAAUGGUGAAGCAUAUAUUCGAUUUGGUCGAUCCCGAACACGAAAGUGAUUUCGAAGGAGGGCUAUACGCCAAUCUUUUCACUGCUCAUCCACCUUUCCAAAUUGAUGCAAAUUUCGGGUUUUCGGCAGCAAUAGCAGAAAUGCUGGUUCAAAGCACGGUGAAAGACCUGUACUUGCUUCCGGCACUUCCACGUGAUAAAUGGGCUAACGGCUGCAUUAAAGGUAUUAAGGCACGCGGUGGAGUUACGGUUAGUGUUUGCUGGAGUGAAGGCGAUCUUUACGAAUUCGCCCUUUGGUCUUCGAUUAAUGGAGAUAUUUUCAAGAGAUUGCAUUAUAGAGGAAUUACUGCUGUUGCUAAUAUUUCGUCCGGCAAAGUUUAUACUUUCGAUAAGCAGUUGAAAUGCUCGAGGAUUUCUGCCCUACUCUUGUGAUUGAUUCAUCAUUGGAUUCUUACUAUUUUAUUUUGUUGAUCUUAUAAACAAUCAAAGAAUCAUUACUUUGAAAUAUUUGAUUAUUAUUUUUAUUAUUAUCAUUAUAUUUUUCUGAAUUUAUAUAAAGAAAGGAAGCAAUCUUGAAGAUGAU